AACCAGAAAGCCUCUCAAAAAACUUUGGAGAAUAAUCCUCUCGGUGUAGACAACUCAGAAAAAUACAUUGCCUAUGCCAAACCAGUUUUUCACGGGAGCCAAACUACCACAUAUCUUGAAACUUCUAGUGGGUCCCCAUACCCAUUUUCAUUACAUAAUGUUAUUAAAUUCUGACAAGACCAUUGUGAACACCUCAAAAAAGUUACACACAUGCCAUUCAUGACACGUGAAGAUUUCAACCACAACAUAUUGCAUUGCAUGGUGGAACAUAAAUUUUCCAAACACAUUCACAUUCUUCAAAAAUAAGUGGUCUCAUGUCACCCAAGCUAUUCUCUUUAAACUUUCUCCUUGAGAGAAAGAGGCCUCAAGAAACCACAGAUGAAUUGGCUAUUGUGAAAGCAGCUGCACGGGCAUGGUAUCAACAUGGUUCAGGCUCUGAAGGUAAGGCUAAGAGUGAGUAUGAUGUCACAAGAACUCAACGUGUAGCCAGGCCUUCACGUUACAAGUUAGAAGCUAUGAGAAUGGCCAAGGAAAAAGCACCUUCAAUUCACACCAAUAAACCUCUUCUUGACACAUAUGAAGUUCAAUGCAUUUCAAGGCAAUUGAAUAGGCUUAUAGUAUCUGGCCACAACAAACUUAGUAACAGCAACAACUCUACAAAUAAUAAUGAUGGUAAUAGAAGGAUGAAGAAUGAGAAGAGGAUCAGAAAAGGGUAUUUUCCAAGACAUGCUGUUGAAUGCAGGGGAGGGGAUGAAGAGGUUGGUGGCACUGCUUUGUCAGCCAAAUGUGUACCAGUAGUUAAUCUGGCAAAGUGUUUGCCAAGGGUCAAUCAUUCUUUGUGAUCAUGAUCUGUUUUCAUCACUUGUUUGGUGAUUGCCAUGUAUUUAAUAUCUCAAAUACAUGUACUCCAUCAACGUCACCAGAAUAAAUUUGUUAAUGAACAGAUAAGAAAUUUGAG